AUGAAUAAAGAUUCAAAUGAAGAAGAGGAUCCUUAUAAUGCAAGGAUUGAGAAAACAGGCUGCUUUCAAGAGAAUGAAAGAGUACUGAUAUGCUAUUAUGAAAACAAAGACUGGAGAAAAUGUAAAGAGGAAAUGCAAGCUUUUAGAGAUUGCUUUAUAAAAAACAAGAACAAUGCAGGCAGUAAAGAACUUAGUGAAUCCAAAAAGUGA